AGCCCCCCCACUUCAGCCCCAACAUAUGCUCCAAAUUUCAGCUCAUUUGAACGUUCCUGGGCUGAGAUCGAUUUUUGAGUGGGGGGGGGGGGGAGCCUUAAAGAUAAAAUCUAUGGCUAGAAGUCUUUAUUUUUUCGAAUAGUUUCUUGAUAUUUUAAUAAUUCGAAUUCUUUAAUUAUUUCAUUUAAAUAAAUUAUGCAUUAUUUCUUUUUUUAGGCAAGAAUGAAUCAACAGAAUCUUUAUUUUUUAAAUAUAGUGAUUAUCCUCUAGCUGAAGAACGUACAUUAGAAUGUUUUACACCAUUAAAUGAUAUUCUUAAAUCAUAUAAUUUUAAAAAAUAUAUUGAUGAUGAAACAACAAAUGAAUAUUUAAGUGAAAAAGAUGUAAGACAAUUACGUAAAUUACGUUUAGUUUCUAUUAUACGAAAUUUAUGUCAAAAAACUGAUGAUAAAACUAAGAAAAAAGUUUUUGAUCAUUUAAUAACUUAUGUCAAAGAUGAAAUUGUUUGUUUUGAAUCAUCAUCACCAUUAGCACAACAAAUUCCUUCAUCAAAUUUUGGUGUACCUGGUGAUCGACGUACAAUACAGAAGCCAAUAACUGAUGAACAAAAAACACAUAAUCCAAAUGGUACUAAUGUUAAAACACCUCGUGGUGCUCGAAAUGUAGCAUUAAGACAAUUUCUUGAACCAGCUCUAGCUGCUUCGGAAUCUGCAUCGAGCAAUCGUUCUCUAAAUCAAAAGAAUUCAUCCAAUGAUACAAUUUCAUUUCCACCACCACCCCCUCCUCCUCCUCCUCCUCCUCCUCCUAUUUCGCAUCAAUCGUUUAUUGGUGAUUCAGAUGCUUGGCCACGUUUACCAUCAGCAUCUGAAUCAAAAGAUCUUUUUCAACAACAAUCAUUUGAUUAUGAAUCACGUCCGGAUUCAGUUUGGAGUAAUAAUGAUGAUUCAAAAGAUCAAUUUAAUUUUCAAUCACAAACAAUAUCAACAAGUCCUCAUCAAAUGCUUGCACCUGGUUUAAUGUUUUCACCUCCAUUAUCAAAACAUAAUUCUAAACAACAACCGAAAUGA